ACGCCGAUCGUCCCGAGGUGCGCCCGGGCCCCACGCCGCGCCGCGCCGCCCCCAAGCCCCACGUGGUCCAGCCUGCGUUCGCGCAGCCAGGCGCCGCGCGCCCCACGCUCUGCACCUUGCGCGAGGACGCCAGCUUCCCCCGAUCUGUCCGGCAACCUCCUCCUGCCCGCCGCUGUCCACUUCCGGCUCGACUUCCGGUCCGGCGCCGCCAUGCCGCAGGCCGCGGAGCCGCCGUGCGGCCGUCCUGGCCUCGUCCGGCGCAGCGCCCCCGCGACACCGGAGUAGCAUCAGGAGACACGGCUGCAGGGGGCUGGGCGCGCGCACCGGAACCGGAAAUGACGACCGCGGCGGCGGCGACCCGGAGCGGAGGAGAUGAAAUGAGGGGCCGGAGGAGCCGGGCCGGGUGGUGCCGGCGGCCGGCGGGGCCCGUGCUGCUCGCCUUCAUCAUGAUGACAGGGUCCGCGGGCGCGCGCGCUCAGGAGGGCCCCGCUGGCUCGCUCCGAGGCCCCUCCUUUCUGCUGGAGCCGCCCACCCGGCUCGAGUUCUCCAACUCGACGGGCGGCUGGCUGGACUGCACCGCGACGGGCUCCCCGCCGCCCUCCGUCUCCUGGGUGACGGGCGACGGCGCGCGGGUCGGCGACGUGGGCGCGGUGCGCCGCCUCGAGGCCAACGGCACCCUGGUCCUGCUGCCCUUCGCCGCCGCCGCCUACCGCCAGGACGUCCACUCGGCCACCUACCGCUGCGUGGCCGCCAACGCCGUCGGCGCCAUCACCAGCAGGGAAGUCCUCGUGCGCGCCGUGGUGACGCAGGCGUACUCGGUGGAGGCCAGCUCGGAGGAGGCCCCGCGGGGCUGCACCGCCGUGCUCCGCUGCUCGCCGCCGUCCUUCGUGCGCGACCUGGUGCGGGUCGUGAGCUGGACCCAGGAGCCGUCCUACCACAUCUACCCGUCGCAAGUGGGCGUCUGUGUGCUUGCCGCCAUGUUGCUUCCUCCUUCUGACCUGCCUGGUCCUCUCGCAGUGCCACCGGCGUGGGAGACGGAGCCCCAGGAUGCGAGCGCGGAGCGGGGCCGCACGGCGCACCUGCACUGCAGGGCUAGGGGAGUGCCACCGCCCACCACCGUGUGGAAGAAGGCCGUCGGCGGACGGAACGGCGAGUACCGCGAGCUGCGCGAGUUCCGCGAGCGUCCCCCGGCCUUCCGCGUGCUCACGAACGGCACCCUGGUGAUGCAGGCCGUGGGCGAGGACGCCGAGGGCUUCUACCUGUGCCAGGCCAACAACUCCAUCGGCAGCCCCCUCGGCAAGGUGGUGCAGCUCAAGGUCAACUCCCGGCCCUACUUCGCCGCGCCGUCCCGGAUGGUCUCCGUCAAGAAGGGCGAGACGGCGGUGCUGCAGUGCGACAUCAGCGGCGACCGGCCCAUCAGCGUGGUCUGGCUGCACGGGGGCAUGGAGCUCACACCGGCCACCAACUACCGCGUCAGCGUCAAGGAGGACCCGCGGCGGGACGGGCUGUCGGCUGAGCUGCAGCUGGCCUCCUCCGAGUCGGGCGACUCGGGCGCGUACCACUGCCAGGCCAAGAACCAAUUCGGCGUCGACAAGCAGCUGGUGCAGCUGCAGGUGCAAGAGCCGCCGCCCAAGCCCGUGGGCCUGCAGGCGGCGCUGGUGUCGAGCCAGUCCAUCAACCUGCAGUGGCAGCACUCGGGCGCGCCGGGCCAGGACAUGGAGAGCCUCCGCUUCAUCGUGGAGUACCGCCAGCAGCAGCAGGGCGCCGGGGCGGCCGCGCAGUGGCAGCGGCUGGACGUCCGCGGCCAGCACGCCGCCGUCAUCUCGGACCUGCGGCCCGCCACCCGCUACGCCGUCCGCGUGGUGGCCGAGGGCGCGGCGGGCAGGUCCGAGCCCUCCGCCGAGCUGACGCUGCGGACCGAGCCCCAGCGGCCCGCGGGGGCGCCGCUCGGGGUCACGGCGCGCGCAGUGUCCUCCACCACCGUGCUGCUCACCUGGUCCGCCCCGGCGCCCGAGCUGCGCCACGGAGACGUCACCUCGUACAACGUGGGCUUCAAGGAGGAGGGCGGCCAGACGUCCUACAACAUGACAUCCGUGCCCGCCAUGUCCGGAGACACGGACGACGACGGCGAGCUGACCCUCACGGGCCUGCUCAAGUUCACGCGCUACUCCAUCGUGGUGCAGGCCGUCAACGUGGUGGGCGCCGGGCCCAUGAGCGACUCCAUCAGCGUCAGCACCCUGGAGGACGUGCCCAGCUCGCCGCCGGAAGAGGUCCGCUGCAGCUCGCUCACCUCCCAGUCGCUGCAGGUGUCGUGGCAGCCGCCGCCCAGCGCCCAGGUCAACGGCGUGCUCCAGGGCUACACCGUGCACUACGAGUCCGUCCUGCCGGACCAGCGGCACCCGGACGCCCAGGACACGGCCAAGACCACGGCGCUGCUGACCGUGCUGCUCGACCUGCGCAAGGCCACCAACCACAGCGUGACGGUGCGGGCCUACACCAGGAAGGGCGAGGGCGUGGCCUCGCGCCCCGUCUUCUGCUCCACCGAUGAGGAUGCUCCCGGCCCGCCGAGCGACAUCAAGGUGGUGGUGAGCGGGCCGCAGUCCCUGCUGCUGACCUGGCUGCCGCCCGCGGAGCCCAACGGCGCCAUCACCAAGUACACCGUCUACAGCCGCAUGGUGGCGGGCCCGGGCCGCGAGGAGCUCAAGCACGAGAAGCAGACCCUGAGCGCGUCGCAGACGAGCCACGAGGUCAAGGGGCUGCAGCAGCACGUCGAGUACCAGUUCUGGGUGACGGCGUCCACGCGCGUCGGCGAGGGUCAGAGCUCGCACCCCGUGUCCCAGGUGCCCACUGCAAGAGCGGGCGCGAGGGUGGCAUCCAUCGGGACCGUCGUGUCGCGGCCGUGGCGCAGCUCCGUGGCGCUGGCCUGCCGCGCCGUCGGCCAGCCGGAGCCGCGGGUGUCGUGGCGGCCGCACCGCGGCCAGGUGCUGGACUCGGGGGAGGUCAUGAUCACCGGGCUGGCCAAGGAGCACGCCGGCAACUACACCUGCACGGCGGAGAACGCCUACGGCUCCGACUCCAUCACGUACACCCUGAUCGUGCAAGUGCCCCCCAGCGCGCCGCAGCUGCUGAUCGCGACCUCGACGAGCUCCAGCGUCCUGCUGAACUGGAAGGCGGGCGACUCGGGCGGCGCCGCCAUCUCGGGCUUCACGCUGCACUACCGGCGGCAGCACGGCGACCCGAACAGGCUGGACCUGCCGCGCCGCUCCCUGUCGCACGAGCUCAAGGGCCUGCAGUGCGGCACGACCUACCACCUGCAGCUGGUGGCGCACAACCAGGUGGGCUCCUCGCCCAAGUCGUCGAUGCUGUCGGUGCGCACGCAGGGCCAGGCCCCGGGGCGGCCGUCCCCCGCCGCGCUGCUCAGCCCCGGGCCCGCGUCCCUGCAGCUGCGCCUCGCCGCCUGGCCCGACAACGGCUGCCCGCUGCUGUACUUCGUCGUGCGGUACAGGGCCGUGAGCGACGCGCAGUGGACACUAGUCUCCAACUCCCUGAAGCCCCAGCGCCGGUUCAGCAUCAACGGCCUGACCCCGGCGUCCGGCUAUCAGCUGCAGGUCGAGGCCAACAACAUAGCGGGCUCGUCCACCGAGGAGUACACCUUCUUCACCCUCACCAAGGACGGAGAGGCGCCGCCCCCGGAGCUGGUGCACCGCGGCGGGGUGCUGCAGCCCUUCUACAUGGACAUGCGCGUGGUGCUGCCGCUGGCCGGCGCCGCCGUCGCCAUGGCCGCCGUGUGCGUGGCCGUCGCACUGUGCUGGAGGACCAAGCAAGCCCGGCCCGUCAAGCAGACCCUGGACGCGGCGGUGGACGCGGCGGCACAGCGCGAGCGCUACUACGCCACCCUGCGGAAGAUGGCGCAGAGCGGGGAUAAGAUACCGGAGACCUCAGAGGACAUCUCGCCCUACGCCACGUUCCAGCUGUCGGACGCGGCGCCGCAGAACACGCUGCUCCACAGCUUCAUGUACCACGAGCAGGCCAUGACGGAGGCCGCGUCCCCGCCGCCCUUGGGCCCGAAGGGCAGGCGCAGCAGGCGCAGCAGCCACAAGUCGCGCGCUUGCGGCCAGGACUCGGACGAGUCCGACUCCGACGGGGACCCCCUGACGUCGAGUCGGACGGAGAGCUCCAACCAGCUGGACACGGGGCCGGGGGUUCACGGGGGGCACGGGGGUCUCGGAGCGGGGCUGGGCGCCCGCGGCCUCAAGCACAGCCAGUACAACUUCAUCUACCACGGGGCCCAGUCCAGCACGUCGUCCGACAUAUCCCCGAUGUCGGAGCAGAAGUCACUUCCCAGACGAGGCCGACACAGCAAGUGGCUGCCGCCCGGGCUGCCCCCCGGCGUGCCGCCGCCGCCCGGGGGGCUGCGCCUGCCGCUCGGGGCCGCCGACGACCGGCCCCGGCCCGCGCCGCUCCCCGCCGGCCUGCCCUCCACGUCCACGGCGAGGCGCGUCCCGCCGCACGAGCUGAGCGAGGCCGAGUGCGACAUGGACACGGUGAAGAAGCUCAAGCUGGGCCUCCGCUCCAGCCUGUGGUCGCGCACCCCCCGGCCCAGCACCCCCGGCGCGCCCCUGGCGCCCCAGCACUCGGACUACUCCAUCGCCGUGUAGCCGCGCCAGCCGCGCGCCCUGGCCUGCCCGUGGAACAAAACAAGUCCCACGGAGCCGCCGUGAUGGUAGAAGUGUCCCAAGUGAUUUGGGCAUGUGUUUCGUCCCUGUGAGCAUGUUGCCCUCUAUGUUGCCUUGAAAAGAGAGUCUCUUGGCUUUCUGAGACUUAGACGGCUGCGGGUCCUGCGGGAGUUUCGUGCACAAAGCAAAGUGGUGCGCUGUAAUUUUUUGUGAUAGCAAUUGACUUUGUGUGAUUGAUUGCCUUACCUGAUAUUCAGGAAACUGCUUCGAACAUGCCAGAAUUGUCUUACGUUUGAAGCACUUGUUGAAACUCUUGAUGAAAGGAACUAAAAGGAUUAACAAUAAUUUCCCCAUUACUACAUGCAUAUGUUUGCGUCAUUUGACUGAACAGUCUUAAUACAAACUGCCAUACAUUUUAUAAAACAAGUAAGGUCUGAUUAUGUUGCCAAAUGGCUCUGAUGUUGGCACCUUGAAAAGUAUUGAAUAGUUGCAAAACUUGCUCAUAGACCUUACAGAAACUUAGUAUUUUUGCUCAAAUUGUGUGUGCUUUUGGCUCAUUGCUUUUGCCAUGGGGCAAGGUGCGUCUGGUUCUUUUAACUAAGGAUAUUAUGUUCUUGAUCCCUCUUUGUGAAUUGAGUCAAGAAUUGUGCUGCUCCUUAUAAGACAAAUCUCUUGUGAAUAUGUAUAGUUUAAUCCCGUAAAGACUGUUUUAUGUUUUAUAGACUUUAUUUAGAAAGUAUAAAUAUGCCGAUUUUAAAUGUUGUGAUAAAAUGCGCUCAUCAUGUGCGACUGUUACAAAUGUGUAAUAAAUAUCCCUGUUCUUUUGUUAGUUGUUAUGGUAUCAAUAAACAAGCAGUUCUUCUUUUCUCAAACUAUCUACAAAACUAUAGCAUACCUAUAUGAAUACUACAGGUCUGUGGGAUUGAAGAACUGCUUAUUGCUCACAAUAUGUCGCAUGUGCCUAUAUUGUGUCAAAUCGUUUCCUGCCAUAAAUUAAAAAGAAAAUCAGCCAUU